UCCCACAAAAGGAUAGCAGCGCACAGCGGCAUAGUUCAGGCAUUUAAUUUUUAGCGUGAUGUACUCAUAGGCCAUAGCACUCCCUGCUCAGGAGGAAGAUUGGGUUGCUGGAGCAGAGGAGUCUGCAUUAUAAUUUUUCUUACAGACAUCCACUUGCUCUGCAAAUUCUGAGUUCAUUCUUCAGACCACGGGCAUAGUAGGAGUAAAAGAAAAAUAAAAACUCUGCAAAAUCUAGGGCCAUAUAGGAUUGUCAGGAGCAUACGAAUAGACCAUCCUCUUAACUGAAUGAAGGGCCAUGGUAAAAGUUCUGUGAAAUUCAGACACACCAAAAUCUAGGACCAUAUAGCAGUCGGUUUCGUAUUCCCAGCACCAGCAGAGGAUCCAAUUCAUCAUUGGAAACUGAUGAAACCAGGUUACUGAUGGUCCAAACUAAAGCAAGUACAACGAACAUCAAAUUUCCAACAUCUCCAGUAACCUUCAGAAACUGAACCACACAAACGGUUGAAAGAAACAGGAACCAACCUGAAUGUUCGGUGUGUACUACUUAGUUACACUCGACAAAUAUUCAGAAACAGGGUGCAAAAGGAAUAAGUGCUCUACUUCUAACAGGGGAAACAUAACUAAGUAGGACUACUUACAGAAGCUGAACACUUAACACAACUAUCUAGAUCCCCAUUAUCAUCUCAGACAGCUCCUGAUUAGCCUUAUAAAAAAAUCAGUAUCACAUUGUCAGACUUCUCUGUGCUAGACCCAAAAAAUGACUCAUCUACCAACUACCAUAUCACUUAUCACUUGAAUAGAUUUAUUCACCUCAAGAAUAUUACCUCCUAACUUCACCUCGGUUCUACUAAUUAUGCUAAUAAGAGAGCACUGGAAGAAUGUAAGACAAUUUUUUUUGCGGGAAUAUAAGACAGUUAUUAGCUUGUGUAAAUUACCUCUAUCCAUCUGCUGAUCCUCUCAAACUGCCACCCCUUCCACCUUGUUUUUAAAGACUUUGAAUGUUGGUGAUCAGACCAUAUUCUUGUUGUGCACUAGCAAAGCCGUCGUGGUUCACCGACAACGUUGUAUUAUAUCAGUAGUAGCCAGCGCCACAUUGAUUUUUGCAACCACUGCCCUUGCCAUCUCUAAAGAGAGUAUAUAUACAACUUAACAUACCCCAAGAAUUAACCAAAGUGGAAAUUUAGAAAAUGAGAUGCACAUACAACACUUAAUUACCUUGUGCAUUAGCAAAAGCUUCAUGAUUCACUGGCAGCAUCAUAUUAUCAGUACUAGCUGGUGCCAUAGGGAUUUCCGCAGCAAGCUCACUUCCCAUUUCAGAAAUAUCAACCGGUACUGCACAGUAAAGAAUAAAAAAUGCCAUAUGCCUAUGUGAAGAGAGAGCUUAUAUAUAUGUAGCUCAAGUGCUCAACACACCCCAAGAAAUAACUAAAGUAGGAUAAGAUGCACAUACAAGCUUGCUUACAUGACUCUUGGGCCUUCAAAAUAACGUCCUAUCGGUCUUGUGGGGCUCUCAAAGUUCUCUGCAUUUUCUUCUUAAUACAAUAAAAUUCUCCGCAAGUUCACUUUUCUGCAUUUCACACAAAUCUCCGCGGGCUCACCUCCUCGUAGUUUAAAUGGUUAUCAUUUGUUUGGGGACAAACAACAGCUUGAACACCUUGGCCUCUUGGGUGCUUCUUUACUGCUUCUUUCCAGUCCUAUUUUUUGGUCGCUUAAUCCAUAAUGGAGAGCGGUCUCCUUAAGAAAUGGCAAGGACUGGAUCGUCAUGCCGCUGAGAUCCUUACAUUGCAGCUGCAGUGACUAAAUGCGUGACAGAGGCCCCCUUGUAUUUCCAGCUUCUGCCAUGAUGAAUAGGCGUUGCAUGCUUGUGAGCACGCGUAUGCGUUGGCCCAUGUACCUUUUUCCCCAUUUAUUUUUUCUGCCGGGUUUUCAUGCUGGUUUCUUUUUCUUCGUGUUUUUUUGUUUUCCCCUUUCUCCUUUCUAAUUUCCUGGUUUUGUUUUUUCAAUUGCUUUGGGAAAUAUGUGAAUUUUCCUACAAAGUGUAUGAACAUAAAUCAAUCGCAUGUGAACCCUUUUUGGAAACCACUAAACUUUUCUGUAAAUUUAAUUAUUUUUAGUAUACAUACGAUUUUUUUUAAAUGUGAACAUUUUUCCAAAGUACAUAGGAUAACAUUUUUGUCUCAACACAUGAUAACAUUGGACAACAUUUUUUCAGGCGUAUCACCAUAUUGUCGCAAUAUAUACAUGAUUGUAGCCAAGCAUGUUCAUUUUAUUCUAUUUUUUUGUAAACAUGAACAUUUAGAAAUAUGAGACUAGUAUUUUUUUAAUAUGAACCUGUUCAUUGACGAAUAGGACAAUUUUAUUUUUUUAUUUCUCCCUAUUUUUUCACUUUAAAUGGGUUUUAUAUAUGUUUUCUUUAAAAUAUUAAGUAAAAAUAAACUUCAGAAUACAAGCCUUUCAAAUCUUCUUGGGCCGGCCUACAUAAGAGCACUCACAGACAGAGCUAAAUUCAUGUGCUCCUUCAAAAAAAAAAAUCAUUUACAUGUUGUUUUGGUAGGUGUGGUGUGAAAAUAUAACUGAGUACCAGUACAUCCAAACGGUAACACUACCCUUUUCGAGUCAAUGCAAAGUCGACCCACACCCCGCACGAUACUGUCAAUCACCGUCCUCUGCUUUGUAGACGAGGAGAUAUAAGCUUAACAAUGCGCAGAGCAGGCACUAGGUUACGAUGGAGUGUACUUCCCGAUGCUUGCUUAAAAUUUAAAAUACUUGAACACCUACGGAACCAUGCCAGUGGAGCCAUCUUUGUCUUGUUAAUGUAUGGAGAUUGAGGACUGUUGUAGUGCUUUAGUUAGUAUAUAGAGGUUAAUUAACCACGACACAGUACUCUAAGCCGCAUCUGAAUCUAUUCCCAAGGUCCCAUCUCAGUCUUUGCCUGCUUAAAAUAUGUUGUUUAAAUUUUGUCGUACUUGUUGUAUUUUGGAGUCCAUUCUGUUUUCAGUUUUUUGUCCGUAUACACGUACUGUGUUACAAUUAGUUACUUUCUAAUAUCCAUUUCAUCAAUACUAAAAAUGUUGCAAGAUUGAUCAAAUUCUACACUUUUUAGAAACACCGAGAGCGACAUAAUCACUCACGUUGCAUUUCUCACUUUUUGGUCCACCAACUCCUCAAGAUAUCCUCCGCUGCCACUAUUGCUUUAGUUAUUUCUCCUUCAAGCUCCCUUGUUUAUGAUCCUCCUCCACUCCUGAUCUGUGGGCGCAUGAUUUUUUUUCUUCUUCUUGAAGAUUGCGGUAAAAAUGUUGUUUUGGUAAGUGUAGCAUGUAAGACUUAUGUGAGUCCAUUAGUCCAUCCAGUGUCUGCUUUGAGUGAAUGCAAAGUUGAAGUAAACUAAUGCACCGCCAGCUGCUUGGAUCGAUGGGAGAUAAGCUUAACAAUUCAAGCACCAGGUGGCUGGGCACCACAUUGUGUUUCGUGAUGCUUAAAAACCUAUGGACACGCGCGGUAGCAGUGGAGAAGAAAUACAGAGGCAUCUUAUGAAGGGUGGAAGAGGGAUCACGAGCUAGCGGUGAGAAGAGGGGGCUGCAGGUUCCUGAUUGAUUGAUGCUGCGAGAGUUCAAGGAGGAGGGGCAGAUCGUACCUCUCCUCGAGCAGCAGGUACGAUCUCCACCUAUUGAUGAUGCGGAGGAGGCCAAGGAAUCUCCUCAAGUGCCCAACAAUGUCUUCUCCGAUCCAGGUCCUUCUACCAGAAGAGAUGUUUCGAUCCGAGGCACAGAGAUUGGGUCCCCAAUCAGUGCUUCACUGGGCGCCAUGAGACCCCUUGUUGGGAAGCUGGAUAUGCUGCUGCAAGCUCCUCUUUUACAAGGAUGCUCCAACUCCAAGAGGGUCAAGAAGCUCAUGGAGGUGAUGCGCCUCCUCAAAGAUGACGUUGAAAAGAUGGACUCCUACCUUGAUCAAUUAUCAGAGGUGGACGACCCUCCCAUGGCGGCCAAUUGCUGGAUGAAUGAGGCGCGCAACCUGUCUUAUGACAUGGAGGAUUAUAUUGACAGCUUAAUAUUUGCGCAGCCUGAGCAUCCCUCCCUUGUUCCCAACAACAUCAAGACAACCAGAUCCGGCCUCAAAUUCAGAUUCUUCCUCAAAUUCUUCAGUCAUGCCAAGACUACCAAGACUCAGGUUGUUAGUAUUGCGGAAACGCUAUCAGAAUUCAGGAUGUAUGUUCAGGAGGCGAUUGAACGGCACCAGAGAUACAGUCUCCAUUCUUGCAGCACACUGAAGCGGUGGUUUGUGCCCGUUGGCCCUAUGGUUCCAGUUUCAGUGCGGUAUGAUGAAGAAGCGGCACACAUUGUAGUCGAUGGUUGGAUGAGUGAGUUUAUCAACUCACUGGGGGAGGAUCAAGAGCAGCAGUGGCAGCAGCAGCUCAAGGUGAUAGCUAUUCUUGGACCUUCAAGUCUCGGUAAAACUACACUUGCCAAACUGUUGUACAGUAGAAUUGGGAAGCAAUACCAUUGUCGAGCUUUCAUUCGGGUGUCCAAGAAACCCGAUAUGAAGAGGAUUUUCCGUGACAUUCUCUCGCAACUCCAGCAUCCGGACCCCCCACAGGAUUUUAAGGGGACUGACCUCAUUGAUAAUAUCAAGAUAUAUCUACGAAACAAAAGGUAUCUGAUUAUUAUUGACGAUCUAUGGGAAACAUCAGUAUGGGAUAUUAUUAGUCAUGCUUUUCCCGAGGGUAGUCGAGGCAGUACAAUAGUAACAACUACACAGAUCGAAGACGUUGCAGUAGCAUGUAGCUGUCAUCAGUCAGGGCAUGUCUUUGAAAUGAAACCUCUGGAUGAUGAUCACUCAAGAAAGCUAUUUUUUAACAGACUCUUUGGCUCUGAAAGUGAGUGUCCUGAUGAAUUGAAACAAGUUUGUGAUGAAAUUGCUGAAAUAUGUGAUGGUUUGCCGCUAGCCACAAUCAGCAUAGCUAGUCUUCUACUAAGCCAGCCUGCCAUGUCAAAUGAUUUCUUCACAUACAUCCAUCAGUCGUUAAUCUCUUGUUUCUCUGCAGUGCCUACUUCUGAAAGAAGUAGACAAGCACUGAAUCUGAGCUACAAUAAUCUUCCUCGUUAUUUGAAGACAUGCCUGCUCUACCUUAAUAUGUAUCCAGAGGGCUACACAUUCUUAAAGGGUGAUUUGGUUAAGCAAUGGGUGGCUGAAGGUCUGAUUUAUACAACAGAAGGGCAAGACAUUGAGAAAGUUGCAGAAAGCUAUUUAUAUCAGCUUAUUGGUAGAAGCUUCAUCCAGCCGAUGUGUGUCAACUACUAUAAUGAGGUGUUGUCCUGUCAAGUGCAUGACAUGGUACAUGAUCUUAUUGCGCACAAAUCUGCAGAAGAUAAUUUCAUGGUGGCAAUAGACUACAGAUGUCAAAAGAAUGUGUCACUUUCUCAUAAGGCCCGUCGACUCUCGCUCAUAUUUGGUGAUGCGAGAUAUGCCAAGACACCAGCAAACAUCCGAAAAUCGCUAGUUCGGUCAGUUAGAUUCUCUGGAUUGCUUGAGUCUAUGCCUUGUCUUACAGAGUUCAAGCUUGUUCGUGUCCUAAACCUUCAACUAAGUGGUCAAGGCCGCCGUGAUAAUGAUAUGGCAGACCUCACUGGGAUUUCAGAAAUGUUUCAGCUGGGAUAUUUGAAGAUUGCAAGCGAUGUCUGCAUCAAACUGCCGGACCAUGUACUACAGUGCCUGGGUACAUUGGAUAUUACCGAUGCAAGAUUUGCUCCUGUUCCAUGGGAUGUGAAUUUUCCACGCUUGCUGCACUUGCACCUUAGUCUUCCUGUCGAGAGAGAUCUGCUGGAUUGGAUAGACAGAACAAGGCCCCCCAGUUUAAUGAGCCUUGGCAAGCUAAACCACUUGCAGGAGCUUCAUCUUACCUUUUCUUCACUGUCUACUUUCCAGCAUGUGGCGAAAAACAUGGAAGCUCUGGGUUCUUUAAUCGGAGGUCAUGGCAACCUGAAAACUAUAGCAGUGGCUCAGGCCUCAUCAGUUAAAAAUACCGCGGCUUCGAAAACAUACAUUUCAUGGGAUUGCAUGGAACCUCCCCCCCUUCUCCAGAGAUUUGAAUUCUCGCCGCACAGCAGCUGCAUAUUCUCACAGGUACCUUCAUGGGUUGGAAAAGUUGGCAACCUAUGCAUUUUGAAGAUUGCUGUGAAGGGACUGGCAGCACAUUGUGCUGAUAUUCUCAGAGGAUUGCCGGCCCUCGCUGCCCUGUCGCUGUACGUGGAGACGCCGCCUGAUGACAAGAUCAUCUUUGACAAGGCCGGUUUCUCAGUUCUCAAGUACUUCAAGCUUACGUUCAUGCGGGGUAUAGCUUGGGUAAAAUUUGAGGCGGAUGCAAUGCCUAGUCUCUGGAAGCUCAAGCUGGUUUUCGACGCCAUCCCCCCACUGGACCAACAGUGGAAAACAUAUGCACAUAGUACGGCAUUAAUCAACAUUGAUUAUAUGCCAGGCCUUAGAGAGAUAUUCACAAAAUUUAGGGGUGCAGCUGCUGAUCUGGAGUGUGUCUCGAUGAUUGGCGUAGUUAGCAAUCAUCCGAGCAACCCUAUAAUUGACAUGCAAUUAGCAGAUUCUGGUUCCUAUAGCAACAAAAGCACCGAGACAGAAAUAACAACCAAAUGAGGUGAUUCAAUCUGCUUGUAGCUACGAGUACCAGCACAGGUCGGUUUCAGGUGCUAUAAGUAAAGAGCAGAUAAUCUGGUGGCGCAGAAAUUGCUGUCCUGGCUUUCGCUUGCAUUGAGUUUGUGAAGCAUGUUGGGGAAAUGUCUUGAAUCCUCCUAGGCAUAUUGCCUGUUGUAACUUGAUACACAUCAUCAUCUGCAUUUUGUUGUUCGUGUGAGUUGUUAUGUUCUUGACAAACAGUCAGCUGAUAUUUAUGCUUCUUAUCUGUUUUUUCCAAA